GUGCACAAGGGAGGGGUGUCUGAGGAGAGGCCAGCCCCACCCAGGUGCCGUUGCUCAGGUAGACAGUUUCACUCGGGCGUCCCCAGGUCUCCAGGGAAAACCGCUUGCAGCCAACAGCGUUCCUUUGUCCCCGUAGCAACAGGGUCCUGCACUCCUGUUUCCAGGGAAACCCAGCUCUCGGCGUCCCGGCUGCCACAGCAACGCCUAUGGCUCAGCGGGCCACACUGUCUCACCCACAGGGCGAGGGCAGUUGGGUGCCCAGGCUCGGGACACGGGACUGCAGAGCCAGGGGCCACACAGGUGUGGGGCCUGGGCAACUAGGAGGUCCUGGCCAGUCGGAGGAGACUGGCCGGAGAGCAGAGCCGGGCCUCCUCUGGGGUCCGGUGCUCUGGGCUGCAAUGAGCUCGGCUUCCAGUGAGCAUGGCAGUGGGGACGCCUCCCAACAGCCGCCACUGGGGCUGGACGCCGUGAUCCAGAGACUGGAGGACACUGUCCUGAGCCCCAUGGCCCGCAGGGAAGACCGGGUGCUGACAGUGCGUGGGAAAGGCCAGCGGGCCUCACCCACCCCUGUGCCUGCCCGCAUCCGGGAGAUCGUGGCCGGCAGCCUGGCUGAGGAGCCACCCCAAGCAGGGGCGCGGGAGCCGACAGCCAGUGUGGCCCGGGUGCAAGAGGAAAACGAGCUCCUGCAGGAGGAGCUGGCCCGGCGGGGGGACCUGCUGGCCCAGGCCGGUGCCGAGCGGGAUGAGCUGGCCAGCAGGUGCCGUGUGGUCAGCGAGCAGCUGCAGGCCCGGCUGGAGACCACUGAGGCUCGGCUGCGGAGGUCGGAACUCGAGCACAGCAUGCAUCUGGAGGAGACCCUUGGCCGCCUGGAGGCCGCCGAGCAGAGGAGCACCGGCCUGUGCCAGGUGAACGCCCUCCUGCGGGAGCAGCUGCAGCACAUGAAGAAGGCCAACGACGCACUGGCCCGGGAGCUGGCAGCAACGAUGGGCAGUGUGCGGCGCCUGCAGGGCGAGCUGGAGCGGAGACGCCAGCCCCAGAGACAGCCUCAUCACUGGCCUCGCCUCGGCAGUGGCCUCCCACCCUCCUCCCUGCCGAGCCGGGGCCCCAGUGCUGAGGCCUCUAACGCUUCCGUGUCUCUGGCACCUUCGAAGUUCCAGACCCACACCGGGACAUCUCCAGGAGCCCUCAGAGCCCAGCCAGGGGCCCUGGGGAAGGCCCGGGACCUCCUGCUCCUGUGGAGACAGGCUGUGGUGCUGGGGACAGGCCUGGCUGAGCUGCGCGCAGCCACGGAGAGGGGCCUCGCUGACCUGCAGGCAGACACGGCCAGGACCGCCCGCUGCCUGCACACCGCCUGCCUGAACCUUGACGCCAACCUGCGGCUGUCGGCCAGCAGCACAGCCAGCACCCUGGGGCAGCAGCUUCAGGACAAGGUGGGGGAGAUCCUGCAGCUGCAGAGCCCCAGGGAUGCAGAGAAGUCGGCACUCCAGGCCAGGCUCUCGGAGCAAACGCUGCUGGUGGAGAAGCUCACAGAGCAGAAUGAGCGGAAGGCGAGGACCAUCGCUGCCCUCAGAACCGACCUGCAGAACCUGGUGGCGGAGGAGGAUGAGUGGUGCCUGGAGCGGGAAUGGAGCCCCAGCACUGAAGGGGAGAAGGUGCAGCGCCCACCAAGGAGCCGCCCAUGUGCCACGUCUCCCCACCAAGGGGCAUCCCUGCCACGCACCCACUCCCCGGCUACCCUGGACCCCACACUGCAGGCCGUGCGGGCAGCCAUCGAGAGGCGGCGGUGGCGGGAGCAGGAGCUGUGCCUGCAGCUGGAGUCCUCGCAGGCCCUGGCGGCCAGGCUCCGGGAGCAGCUGUCCCAGUGCCGGCGGGAGCUGCGGGCCUCGAAGCAGGAGCGGGCUCGGGAGCAGGCUCGGGAGCAAGAGGCCCUUCGGGGCCAGCUGGAGGCCCAGGGGCUGGAGGAGCAGCAGUGCCGGGCGUCCUUCAAGCUCCAGGGGAGGGAGAAGGCUGCUCUGGAGAUGAUGGUGGAGGAGCCGAGAGGGAAGGCAGGCGCUGCAGAUGCGGAGAAGCGGGGGCUGGGGGCGGAGGCCUCGGAGCUGCAGAGAAGCCUCAUGCUGCCAGAGGAGAAGAGGGAGGAGCUGGCUCUGUGGAGGGGGCGGAGCGGCAGGGCCCUGGAGACCAGUCAAGGCCGCCUGCAGCAGCUGGAAGAGAAGGUCUCCAGGCUCAGAGAGGAGCUGGCUUCAGCCCGGGAGGCACUGAGCGUGGCACAGCUCCAGCGGGACGUUGUGGAGAGUGAGAGGGAGGCCCUGCACAGCGCCCUGGCCAGGGCCGAGUGCAGUAAUGCUGACCUGGAGCUUCUCGUGAGGCGGCUGAAGUCAGAGGGAGUGCAGCAAAGGGACUCCCUGGCUGCAAUGGCCACCCUGAUGGAUGGGCUGGCUCGGGACAAAAGUGUGCUGAACCACCUGACCCUCCAGCUGGAGCAGGAGCGGGACCAGCUGCGGGAGCAGCAGAAGGCUCUGGAGCAGGAGCAGGCCCGGGCCAGGGAGCAGCUGGCAAAGGCGGAGCAGCAGCUGGCGCUGGAGCAGGCGGGGCGCAGGGGCCUGGAGCAGCGGCAGGAGCAGCUGGAGAGCCAGGCAGCCUUGCUGGGGCGAGAGAAGGCCCAGCUCCAGGAGCAGGUGGUCCAGGUCACCUGCCAGAAACAGGCCCUGGAGGAGCAGCUGGCUCAGAGCCUGCAGGACCAGGAGGCCCAGAUGGACACUCUGCAGCAAGCCCUACGGGAGGGUGCUCUGUCCGAGGAGCGGGCCCAGCUGCUGGCCCAGCGGGAGGCCUUGGAGAGGCAGGGCCGGCUCGCAGCUGAAGAGGCAGCUGAUCUCAGGGCAGAGAGGGACUCCCUGGAGAGAAGCCUCCUCGAGGCCCAGCAGCUGGCCGCACAGCUGCAGGAGCAGCUGGAGGAGGAGGCCCGGAGUGCAGGACUCGCGCGGCAGGCCUUGCAAGUGGAAAUGAAGCAGCUACAAAGUGACUGGGAGGUCCAGGAGAUGAAGCUGCGGCAGGACAUGGGGCAGCUCCAGCGACAGGUGGCACAGCAGGAGCGGGAGGCACAGCUGGCCCUGGAGAGCCAGGCGUCGGCCCACCGUGACGCCCUGGCACAGCUCCAACGGGAGAAGGAGACCCUGAGUCUGUCCCUGGCAGAGGAGAAGGAGGUAGCCAGAUGCCAGCUGGAGCAGGAGAAGGAGCUGGUGGCAAAAAGUGCAGCUGAGAGGGAGGCUCUGAAGGAGGAAAUUCAGAGCCUGAAGCAGGAGCGGGAUGAGAGCCUUCUCCAAAUGGAGCACAAGAUGCAACAGGCCCUGUCCCUGAAAGACGCAGAGCGGAGCCUUCUGAGCAAGGAGCUCUCCAGGGCCAGGAGGGCGCUGGAGCAGGCACAGCAGGAGGCACAGAGCCAGCAGGAGCACGCACAGGCCACCGUCAGCGCCAUGACUGAGGAGCUGAAGGCCCUCCAGGCCCAGUUUGAGGAUGCCAUCGUAGCCCAUCAGACGGAGACCACGGCCCUGCGUGAGCGCCUCCGGGACCUGGCGGCUGAGCGAGGCCAAGCGGAGAGAGAGGCUGAGAGUCUGCGGGCACAACUGACCAUGGCUCAGGAGGGGUUGGCCACACUGCGCCAGGAGCUGCAGGCCGUCAAGCAGAGCAGGGCAGAGGCCCGCCAGGCGCUGGGUGACGAGGCCCGCAAGAAGGACGUACUGCUUCUGUCCAACAGUGAGCUGCAGGCCGCCAUCCUCAGGGCUGAGCAGGAGAAGGCCAGUUUUAAGCGGUCCAAGGAAGAGAAGGAGCAGAAGCUGCUGAUCCUGGAGGAGGCGCGGGCAGCGGCGCAGCGGGAGGCCAGCGCACUGCGGGCCCGCCUGUGGGAGCUAGAGCAGGCGCGGGGGGACACCCGCCAGGAGCUCCGGGAGCUCCACAGACAGGUGAGGACGCUGACGGCUGAGAACCAGAGGAGGCGUGGAGAGGCCCGGGAGCUGCAGGGGCGAUGCUGGCAGGAGGUGCUGGAGCUGCGGAGGCAGGCGGCUGAGGCGGAGGCCAGGCGCGAGGGUGCCCGGAAGGAGGUCCUGGGGCUGCAGCGGAAGUUGGCCGAGGUGGAGGCCGAAGGGGAAGCCCGCGGACAGCGGCUCCAGGAGCACCUCCGUGACAGCCGGGGGGCAGAGCAGACCCUCCGGGCAGAGCUGCACAGCGUCACCAGGAAGCUGCAGGAAGCCAGCGCUGUGGCCGACGCUCUCCAGGCUCGCCUGGACCAGACCUGUCACCAAAUCCACAGCCUGGAGCGGGAGCAGACCCAGGCCCAGCAUGCGAGGCAGGAGGCCGAGGCCCAGCUGGCCCGGCUCUGCUCCACACUCCGCCGUGGCCUGGGGCUCCGGGGACAGAGCCCAUGGGCCUCCCCGGAGCAGCCCCAUUCCCCCACCCAAGGCUCCAAUGGCUCCCAGGAUCUCCCUGGGCAAGAGGGUGCCAGUGCCCAAGCCAGGCCCCACUCACCCCUCCCACGGCCCUCGCCCACUCCCAGAGGCCGCGGCUCAGAGAUACUGGACGUGGACACUGUGAAGGACAUCCUACGGGACUUUGUGCAGAAGCUCCGGGAAGCCCAGAGGGAGCGGGACGACUCACGAAUCCAGGUGGCGACCUUGAGCAGCCGGCUGAGUGAGGCAGAGUGCAGGUGUGCCCGGGCCCAGAGUCAUGUAGGGCAGCUACAGAAAGCCCUGGCCGAGGCCCAUGAAGACCGGCGCCGGGUGGAGGGUGUGCUGGGCAGUGCUCGGGCAGCGAGAGCCCUGCAGAAGGAGGCGCUGGGCAGGCUGGAGACGGAGCACCUGGCGAGCGUGCGUGCGGCAGGCCGGGAGAAGCGACGGCUGCAGGAGCAACUGGAUGCACUGCGCCAGGCCCUUGACGAGAGCAGGAGGCACAGCCAAGGCCUGGCCAAGAGGAAGCUGCUGGAGGAGCAGUUCACCAGCUUGGAGCACAGGUGCCAGGAGGCCGAGGAAUCACUGGAGCCCCGGCGACAGGUGCUCUGGCAGCCUCAGCGCAGUGGCCAGCAGGAGGCUGCUGAAGCGCACCGGGAGAGGUGCGCCCUGAAGGAGCAGACGGCAGCACCGCGGGCUCAGCUCACACAGACAGGGCAGGAGAUGCUGAAGAGGGAGGAGGAUGUGGUGAGGUUGGGGGCUGAGAAGGAGCAGCUGGUCCAGUCUCUGAACAGCCUGCACCAGGAGGUGGACGGAGCCCUGAGGCAGCAUCAGCAGCUGCAGGCCCAGAUGGCAGAGCUGGAGCAGGCCCACACCCAGUGCCAGCGGGAGCUGGCCACAGAGGCAGAGCAUCUGCAUGGGGCCCUGGAGGCCCAAGGAAGGACCCACCAGCAUGGGAUGGAGGUCCUGGAGGGACAGGUGGCCAGCCUGAAGGAGCAAUUGGAUCAGGAAGCGCAGUGGCAGCAGCAGGGACAGCUCGGCCAGGACCUCCCAGCAGGGCAGUGAGCCCCCUGCAAACCAUCCAGCAGCCCUCAUCCAGGCCGCCUCAGCCCUCACCAGCCAGGGGCCCUGGGGAAGCGCUGGAGGCCCCAGGCUGCUGGGGGAACCACUGUGGGGAAAACCAGUGCCUCGUGCUCUGCAUAAGAGGGACAAAGCUCAAACGGGGUGGGCAUGAUGCCAGCAGAAAGCACAGUGUGCGGGCAGCCACCACCCGGCCACCACUCACUCCCCAGGGGCCCCAGGCAGCCAGCGGCACACUCUGAGCCUACUGACCACAGAGCUCCUCCACCACACUGCAGGUUACUCACCUCCAACAUCCCCUUCCCCUCCAGCAGACAGCAGGGGCUUGGGUGCCCUCACAGCCUGUCCCCACCUGGCGUCCCCACAGCCUGCCCGCACCUGGCAUCCCCACAGCCCGCCCCUGCCUGGCGUCCCCACAGCCUGCCCCCACCUGGCACUCCGUUUCCUCUUCAGAGGAGCUGGUCUGGCCAGACCCCCGGGCCAGGCCCUGUCAGGCCGGCUUCCCCGGCUUCAUUCCGUGCCCUCGGCUCCGUAAACACGGGAAAACACGUGGAAAACAUUUCCACCGGCCAGAGCCAAAAACAGAAUGUCCUGCAAGGCCAGCCACCACAGCCCCACGCCCAGCGGCUGGAGCCUCCGAAUCCAGGAACUUCGGCUGUCACGGUGGCAGGUGGCUGAAGUGACUCAGUUCAAGUCCCCGUGACUCACUGGCCGCCAAAAGCAGGGGAGUGUCACACUGAAAGCUGUUACAGAGCUUCCCGUCUUCCUGGCCUAGAAACGCUGGGAACCGUCCGGCGGGACUCCGGCCAGGCUGCCUCUGAGACCCAGGUGGCCAUCUUGGCCACGUGGCGUGGGCCACCUGCAGGCAUCUGCAUGCCUCACCUCCACCACCAUUGCUCAGAGUGGCCUGUUCUCCCCUCCAAAGCGCCUCCUGCUUUACAGCUGGUCAUCUGUGAUAUCCGCGGGGCACCAGCCAGCCCAGUGAAUCCCUGCAUGUGCACAGGGCCCAUCCCAGCCGCAAGGACGCUGGCCUAGGGGUGCAAGGCCAGAGGCUCCCAGCACCCACCGCAUGGCAGUCACCGUGAGCCGUGGCCAAAUGGGCAACAGUGUCUAUUUCAAGAUCACUCAGGGACUUAAAAGAGUGUGUCCUGGCACACCUGGCUUUCUGGUGGAUUUAGUAAUGGAGUUACCACAUGCUGUGAAUUGUGCAAAACCCAGCGCUAAAGAGAGGUGGGCGGGGGGCUCUUCCUGCCUGGCACCUCUGCCUGAGGUCCACAGCUGGUGGCUGUGUUGAGGGUUCUGAGGUUCAGCCUGGGCUGUGGGGGAAGAGCUUGGUGACCCAUGAGCAGAGGUUACUCCGGGAAAGGAAGAGUCGGUGGUGGCAGCGGGUCCAGCCCCUGUUGUGGCCAGUCAAGGGUGGAGGACAGCAGGCAGCCUGCCCCCACUGCUGGAGAGCGCUCUGCCAGAUGGCAGGUGGAGGGUCACUGAGAGGCGGUGUGUGGUGCUCAGUGGGUAUGUCCUUUCCCUUCCUCCCUCUCCAUCCACAGUCUCCUCAUGGAGGGGGCCUCCCACUCUGCAGCCCAGCAGAAGGACCUGAGGGAUGGCCAGGUGGGAGGGAGCACUGGAACCUCAAGGUUCUCAUUGCAGGACGGAGACAGCAUUGGCCCCUCCAGCCCCAGGCAGGGGGAGCCCCUGUGUGUCCCCAGGGCUGCGGUGGCCACGCCUCCCACUUUGCAUCCCUGCAGCACCCAAGGGGACUGAAGCUCGGAGGAGCACAGGGGAGGUGCCUAAUGUGGCUGGCUGGCCUCGAGGAAGGGAACGCACUGCAGGUGGGAGGGUCCCAGGUGAUUUCUCAGCGUCACAGCGAGUAGACAGCUCGCUCUCCCAGUUUCAGGACCUUCCUUGCCCUGGCUGCUCAUGGGGAACAUUUGAAAUGCACAUGGGGGCCUGAGAACUGUGAAUCUUAACAAAUAGUUAAAUCAGCACAGGAGACGCUGUUUUCACUGCCUCAGCACGAAGGCAUGUCUUUGGAAAAGAGGCUGUUCGUAGUGGAAAUACACUGGCACUGUCUUCAGCCUGUCCAGGUCUCACCAUCA